AUGUUCUCUACUCGCAUGUUCGGUGCCGGAUCCUUGACUGUGCUGUUUCUAGCUCAGUCAGUCCUCGGCGGUACUCUCAAACAAUGUACCGGUACGCUGGAGUUAUCAUGCCAUAACGACACCAAAGUCGCCGAUACCUGUUGCUUCAACUACCCAGGAGGAUCGCUAUUGCAGACUCAAUUCUGGGAUACGGACCCUGCAGUUGGACCUGAUGAUUCCUGGACUAUUCACGGUCUCUGGCCUGACCACUGCGAUGGCACGUACGACGCUACAUGCGACAGCAAACGUGCCUAUAAAAAUAUAUCAGAUAUCCUAACGGCGGCUGGUAAUAAUGAUCUCCUUAGUUACAUGGAGACGUACUGGCUGCCGAAUGAUGGCACAGGAGAGACAUUCUGGGAACACGAAUGGGGAAAACACGGCACGUGUGUCUCAACGCUGAACCCGAGCUGCUUCACCGACUACAAGGCCACCGAGGAAGUCACCUACUACUUCAAUACGACGGUUAGCCUAUUCAAGACCCUAACAACGUAUAAGUGGCUGGCGGACGCGGGUAUCACGCCAAGCUCAAGCAAGACCUACAAGCUCUCAGACAUCCAGGCCGCCUUAUCUAAGAACCACAAUGGCGAAACCGUCUACAUUGGUUGCAGCGGGAGCGCCAUCGAACAAGUUUAUUACUACUUUAAUGUGAGGGGUUCAGUUGCCAAUGGCGAGUUCGUACCGGCGAGUCCGGACAACGGCGACGAUGGCGGCUGUCCUAGCACGGGUGUCAAGUACCUCCCUAAGAGCAGGGGUAACGGUGGUGGAUCAACGACCACGACUACUUCUAAACCAACGAGUACGACAUCGGGUGGAACCUCACCAACGCCAACAGGGUCAUUCUCAGGAAAGGGUUAUCUAAACGCCGUAGUCGGUGGCUCUGCAAAAGGGUGUAUCAUCGGGAGUGGCUCCUGGUACACGACAGGAACCUGUGCGACCUUCACAGCCGCUUCUUCCGGAAGUGGCUUUACGCUCAAGUCCAGCAAGGGCUACUGCUCCGCGUCAGGUGGCUCGCUGACUUGCGCCUCUGGUAUCAGCAGUGCCGACGCUGACGUCUUUGCUGCAGAUGGAGCAAAUCUGGCGAAUUCCGGUGGCAAUGACUGGUAUGCCGAUUCGGUUCCUAGCGGCUCUACACAGGGUGCUGUCUAUUCUGAGAAGGGGUCGCAUAAGACUACGUUGCAGUUACAAUGGAAAAGCAUCUGA